GCGCAGCGCCGGGACAUGGCGGCCGUGCGGGUGCUGCGGCGGGCGCUGGGCUUGUGCCGGGGCCGCGCCGCCUCGGGGUCCCGCCCGGCCCCCGUGCCCCAGCGCAUCGAGGAGAAGCGCCGCGCUGCGCUGCUCGGCGGCGGCCAGGCCCGCAUCGAUGCCCAGCACAAGCGGGGAAAGCUGACAGCAAGGGAACGAAUUCUGCUGCUGUUGGACCCCGACAGUUUUGAUGAAUAUGACAUGUUUGUGGAACACAGAUGUACUGACUUUGGGAUGGGCUCUAGUAAGAAUAAGUAUCCUGGUGACAGUGUGGUGACUGGCCGUGGACGGAUUAAUGGGAGACUAGCUUAUGUUUUCAGUCAGGAUUUUACUGUAUUUGGAGGCAGUUUAUCUGGAGCUCAUGCCCAGAAGAUCUGCAAGGUCAUGGAUCAAGCUGCCAUGGUUGGAGCCCCUGUGAUUGGGCUGAAUGACUCUGGAGGAGCCCGUAUCCAGGAGGGUGUGGAGUCCUUGGCAGGCUAUGCAGACAUAUUUUUGAGAAAUGUUUUAUGUUCUGGUGUCAUUCCCCAAAUCUCCCUCAUCAUGGGUCCUUGUGCUGGUGGAGCCGUGUAUUCUCCUGCCUUAACUGAUUUCACAUUUAUGGUGAAGGACACAUCCUACCUAUUCAUCACUGGGCCUGACGUGGUGAAGUCUGUCACCAAUGAAGAUGUCACCCAGGAGCAGCUUGGGGGUGCAAAGACACACACUGCAGUGUCUGGAGUUGCACACAGAGCCUUUGAGAAUGACAUUGAUGCUCUGCUGAACCUCCGAGAGUUCUUUAAUUAUUUACCCCUGAGCAACCGGGACCCAGCUCCAGUCUGCGAGUGCCAUGAUCCCAGUGACCGUCCGGUUCCAGAGCUGGACACCAUAGUCCCAAGUGAGUCAGCCAAAGCCUAUGAUAUGCUGGAUAUCAUACACUCCAUUGUGGAUGAGAGGGAAUUCUUUGAGAUCAUGCCGAGCUACGCCAGGAACAUCGUGGUUGGAUUUGCCAGGAUGAACGGACGGACCGUUGGGAUCGUGGGCAACCAGCCCAAAGUAGCCUCAGGGUGCUUAGACAUAAAUUCUUCUGUGAAAGGAGCCCGCUUUGUUCGGUUCUGUGAUGCCUUCAACAUCCCCCUGAUCACGUUUGUGGAUGUUCCUGGGUUUCUGCCAGGCACUGCUCAGGAGUACGGAGGGAUUAUACGUCACGGUGCCAAGCUGCUCUUUGCCUUUGCAGAGGCAACUGUGCCUAAGAUCACUGUCAUCACUAGAAAGGCCUAUGGAGGUGCCUACGACGUGAUGAGCUCCAAGCACUUACGAGGAGAUGUCAAUUACGCCUGGCCCACAGCUGAGGUGGCCGUGAUGGGAGCCAAGGGUGCUGUCCAGAUCAUCUUCAGAGGAAAGGAGACAAAUGCAGAGGAGGAGUAUGUGGAUAAGUUUGCAAACCCUUUCCCUGCUGCCAUAAGAGGGUUUGUUGAUGACAUCAUCCAGCCGUCCACCACCCGCACACGCAUCUGCCAUGACCUCGAUGUACUGGCCAGUAAAUCCCAGUCCAGUCCUUGGAAGAAACAUGCCAACAUCCCACUGUGAGGGAAUCUGUGAAACUCCAUUUAGCCCAGCUGCUUUCCCAUGGCAGUUUCUUCCCAAAGACUCCAGGUCACUUCAGAGGUAUAGGGCAGAAGAGAGAAAUUCUUCUCAAACCUUGUGGCAUUUCAAGAAUUUGUAAGUAAGUUUAAGCAGUGCAGCUCUUGCAUCUGGUGUGGGGCCUUCCCAGAUUUACAGCAAUCCACAUUCACCACCCCUCUAUCCCCCCAGCCAAACCAGAUGAUGGUGGAGGGGAGAAAGAAGCCCAGAGAGGGUUUCCAUUACUCUUGAGGCUGAGUGGGUAAGGGAGUGGGGUACAGGUCUGGUUGUGAAGCCUGGACUACAUGAAAGCUACCUGUCAGUUUUGCCUUUAAUAAUUCCUUGCAUUCCUACUACGUGGGAUGACAAAAUGCGAUGGUCCAAACAAGCACUUAAAAGAAAACUAUAGUGAAGAGGGUGCUCAUCAUACUCAUGAUUUUGAAUAGUUUAUUAAAUGAAAGGUGAAGCAUCAGUUUUAAAUUGUACAAAAGGAAAAAAAAACCUCAUAUUGUAAAUGUACAAUUUACAGAAUUACUAGCAAAACCAAUCAAGGAGACACUCAUAAUACAAAAACCUAUUGACUGCAAACUGAACUGGAGACCCAUUGCAGGUACCAUGAUAAUAAAUGUUUGUUAUACAGUAUUCUACAAUGUUAAAUUAGGAAUCAGUUUUCCACACAGAGGACUGUGAAGCACAAGGUUUGUCUGAGACUCUGACUCAAACUGGGCAGCAUCUGUUGUGCCACCAUGCUCACAGAGUGAUCCUGGGACAGGUCCUGCAGCCAUUCCUGCCCCCAGACCGUGGGGGUGCACAGAGGGAGGUAACAGGGUUUAUAAAGUUCCAGCUACUACUUGGAUUAAUAGAUCCCCAACCCACACUAAGGAAUGGCUGAAUUACCUGGUCAAACAUUUUUGGCAACCGUGUCUGAGAACUGCACGUGUUGUGAGAGCCGAGCUCAGCUGGGUGAGGUGCUGGGCUGGGUGAAUUUGGGCUCUUUCCCUGCCCAUGCUGGGCACUGAGGUUGGGCUGGUAUCCAGUAAGCUUGAAACAGAAAAAAGUUCAGUGAUUAUUCUGCAGUUGAUAAAACCAAAGCACCUCUGAAACUGCUGUGCUUCAAGUGGGUCAGUCUGCUUUGUAUCCCAACUGCUACUGAGUGCAGAAAGAUGAAGGUUUUGGGGCCAAUUGUUGGAGAUCUGGAGCUGUAGAGGGCCAGCACUGCUGGUGCCAGGCCAUGCUGGGUAAGGAGCAGCUACUACAUUGAGUCAUAAAAUCGAAGCAUAAUGAAAUUCCAAAUUAUUGAAGACAUUGAAAAAUAUCUUAGUACAAUGAAUUAGCUGAGAAUGUUUUGGGGUUUUUUUGGAAUUUUUUUGAUGUUUUUAGCUUUUUUGAAAAAUCAUAUUUUUUCCAAAGAAUUACUCUCAAUAUGCACAGUUAACACUGAAAAUGUAGCUGUAGUCCAUUGUAAGCUUAAGAACUUCACCAUCUAAGCACAAAUUUCUAUGCAGCACAUACAGUACUUCUAACUGGCAAAAUUAAUUUACAAAAAUAGCGGAAAAGGGUAUUUACGGCAUGGAAAGUAGACUCUGUUUUAUGGUACAGUUAAAAUUACUUUUAGUAUGCUAAAGUGAUCCUUUCCCCCACCCUUGAACUAUUUUUUUUUAAUAGGAAAGUUGCUGUUUAUGUACCUUGUGUUGGCAGGCUUGAAGUAGGUAGUAAAAACAGCAAAGUGAUUACUUGAGAACCAUUUGUGUGUUUUACUGAGAAUACUUUAUUUGCUGGUAUAAGUUGCUAAAAAUGCACAGAGCAAGUACCAAUAGAAAAUUUACUGGUUUUGUGUCCCCAUGUGCUAUAUAAAAUGAAUGUUACACAGCAUCUGUUGGAAAAGUGGCUUCAUGGACAUCUCUUACUUUAUGUCCCAUUAUAAAUAAAAAUAAAUCUUCUCAAGAGUAUAAAA